GAGAGAGAGAGAGAGAGAGAGAGAGAGAGAGAGAGAGAGAGAGAGAGAGAGAGAGAGAGAGAGAGAGAGAGAGAGAGAGAGAGAGGUCAGAGAGUCAGAGAGUCUGUGAGUCCUUCUGUUCAGCUCAGUUUCCUUCGACAGCGGGAGGAGUGAGGGGCGGUGCAGCGCUGCCCAGAGAGGAGGAGAAGGAGGCGGUGGCGUGGCGUGGAGGCAGCUAUGCACCGCGCCCCGCGCCUCCCUGCCCCCGCCUCGCUAGGUGAGCCGGGCAGCCAAGCGCCAGGGCCAUGGCCAUGGGCACCUUGGGGAAGGCGAGAGAAACUCCGGGGAAGCCUCCCCAUGGCUGCAAUGCUGCCCCCAAAGCAAGACUAGAGGUGAAGUCAAGUAACCCUCUCCCCUCUCAACCCAACUUGGCCCAGAUCGCUCAAUUCCGAAUGAUGAUGUCGCUGGGACACUUAGCCAAAGGAGCCAGCCUGGACGAUCUCAUUGAGACGUGCAUCCAGUCUUUUGAUACAGAUGGAAACCUGUGUCGGAGUAACCAGCUGCUACAAGUAAUGCUAACCAUGCACCGUCUUCUCAUCUCCUCUACCGACUUGCUCCAAAAGCUCAUCUCACUAUAUAAGGAUGCUUUGGCCAAGCAUUCACCCAACCUUUGUCUGAAGAUCUGCUAUUUUGUAAGAUAUUGGAUAACAGAAUUCUGGGUCAUGUUUAAAUUGGACGCCAGCUUGACAAACACUAUGGAGGAGUUUCAGGAAUUGGUGAAAGCUAACGGUGAGGAGUUACACUGCCGCCUAAUUGACACAACUCAAAUCAAUGCUCGAGACUGGUCUAGAAAGCUUACUCAAAGGAUAAAGCCCAACACCAGUAAAAAGAGGAAAGUCUCACUUCUCUUUGAUCAUUUGGAGCGAGAGCUGUCUGAGCACCUUACUUAUCUUGAAUUCAAGUCCUUCCGCAGGAUAUCGUUCUCUGAUUAUCAAAAUUACAUUGUGAAUAGCUGUGUGAAAGAGAAUCCCAUGGAACGGUCCAUUGCCUUAUGCAAUGGCAUCUCCCAGUGGGUGCAACUGAUGGUGCUCAGUCGUCCCACUCCACAACUCCGGGCUGAAGUCUUCAUCAAGUUCAUUAAGGUGGCUCAGAAACUCCAUCAGCUGCAGAACUUUAACACUUUGAUGGCCGUGAUCGGAGGAUUGUGUCACAGCUCCAUCUCCAGGCUGAAGGAGACAAGUUCUUAUGUUCCCCAUGAGAUCAGCAAGGUUCUUCAUGAAAUGACUGAGCUACUGUCCUCCUGUAGAAACUAUGACACUACCGGUCGAGCCUAUGGGGAGUGUACCCACUUCAAGAUUCCCAUCCUCGGUGUACACCUCAAGGAUCUGAUCUCCCUGCAUGAGGCCAUGCCUGACUACCUGGAAGGGAAAGUGAAUUUCCACAAGCCUGCCCUCUACAACCACAUCAACGAGCUGGUCCAACUACAGGAGGUAGCACCGCCCCUUGAGGCCAAUAAGGACUUGGUGCACUUGCUGACGUUAUCCCUGGAUCUCUACUACACUGAAGAUGAAAUCUAUGAGCUUUCCUAUGCCCGACCAAGAAAUCACAAAGCCCCUCCUCUAACUCCUUCAAAGCCUCCAGUUGUAGUAGACUGGGCGUCGGGAAUAUCUCCCAAACCUGAUCCAAAGACCAUCAGCAAACACGUGCAGAGGAUGGUGGAUUCAUCAGAAAAUUCUCUUUUCUACUCUUUAUUCCACGUCUGUUUCAAGAACUAUGAUCAUGACCAAGAUGGAUAUAUUUCCCAGGAAGAGUUUUGAAAAGAUUGCUGCCAGCUUCCCUUCUCCUUUUGUGUGAUGGAUAAAGACAGGGAAGGCUUGAUCAGUCGGGAUGAAAUCACGGCCUACUUCAUGAGGGCCAGUUCAAUCUAUUCCAAGCUGGGCCUUGGCUUUCCUCAUAAUUUCCAGGAAACAACUUACCUAAAGCCCACCUUCUGUGACAACUGUGCUGGAUUUCUCUGGGGAGUGAUAAAGCAAGGUUAUCGGUGCAAAGAUUGUGGGAUGAAUUGCCACAAACAAUGCAAGGAUCUGGUUGUGUUUGAGUGCAAGAAGAGAUCCAAGAGCCCAGCUUUGCCUGCGGAGAACAGCACCUCUGCUGGGCUGGCAUCUACCCUCUGCCCACUAGGAGUCAAAGAUCCACUACAUGGAUCGGAGGAAGGACCUUUCCUAGUGAAUGGGGAGGCAAUGGAACACAACGAGGAGAGCAAAGAUCGGACAAUAAUGCUGAUGGGUGUCUCAGCUCAGAAGAUUUCUGUCCGGCUCAAGCGGGCCAUGGCCCACAAGGGCACACAGACUGAGGCAAUCACUUGGGUUGGCCAUGAAGGCUCUAGCGGAUCGUUCUUGAUGUCUUCUCCAAGAAAGGGAGCCCAGGACACUCUUUAUCUACUGCCCAGCUCCAUGUCUCCCUGUCCCAGCCCAGUCUUGGUCCGUAAGCGGGCCUUUGUGAAGUGGGAGAACAAGGAAUCCAUCACAAAAUCAAAGGAGGACCUCCGACACCUCAGACUCCCCACCUACCAGGAUCUGGAGCAGGAAAUAAAUACUCUGAAGGCAGACAACGAAGUUCUAAGGACUGAACUAAGGUUUGCUCAGAAGAAGAUUGAGUCUCUCCGGCUUGAAAGAAGCAACAACCAUGUCCUGAGCCGUAGUGAACAUCAAGAUUGCUCCUAGCCCUGAAGCUGGGAGAAUGUAGGAGUCAUGUAGACCUCAACUUUCUCCAGAACUAUCAAACACAAAGGAAUAGGGAAAAGCCAGGAUAUUGGGAUUUAGAGAGAGGUAGUACUCUGUUUAAAAUAUACACCUUCUUUUCAACUCCCCCCCAAAAAAUGUUCAUGGAAAAACACACACCCUCAUUCCUUUUCCCAUUCAUUUGAGGAAGAAGUAUGUUCUCAAUGGGGUGUUCUCCAGAGAUGUUCUCCCCAUUCUUCUCCUAGCUGGGGGGGGGGGAGGGGGAGGAGCUAGACAAUACAUGUCAUUCCAUGCAAUAGACAUCUCCUUCCAACACGACCUUCCUCCCCCAGCUCUCAGGGAGUUGAAAGACCUUGACAAGGCUCCCAACUUUUUUUGAAAUCCCGCUUUUAUAACCUCAAAUGAUCUCUAUGUACUUCAGACUAAAUUCUAAACUCAGCCCUAAGAAACCUGUCCUGUGGGACAGAAGCUACUUUACCCGAGAGGACAGAAUUCAUUUUGUCCCACCCAUUCAAUUUGCUUCAAGUCUGCAACAGUAUCCUCUUCCCAUCAGAGUUGAGGAAGAGAAUGUUAGUCUGUCAGUAGACUAGUUUACAUCUCCCUCCUCCAAUCCUGGCACCUUUAAUCUCAGUGAGGCAUUAUGGAUCAUCUCAACACCAUUAUCCCAUGUUUUUGAAGAAGACUGGCCAGUUAUUCUGUCUUUUGGGUGUCCCUAGGUUUCCCAGUAGGGUGGCCAUUGUCCUUUUCUCUCACUCUUCCAAAUCUCACUUCUCCUUCCUCUAUCCCUAGACAUUUCUACCUGAAAGUGAACUCAUUUGUCCUCAUUUAAAGAGCCUAACAAAAUAUCACUAUGUGCAAUUGGGAGGUUAUCUUCUCAUCUCAACUAUCUGGUCUAUAUGAUGAUCAUAAUCAGAACAAAGAUCCUGUCUUCAAACUUCAUGACUGCCCAUUUAUUUGGUGCUUUUAACAUUUAUAAAGCACCAUACACAAUACAAGCAAAGCACGUUUAUCAUUUCUUUUAGAGUAGAAAUGUUAAAGCUAGCAGAACCUAAAAGACUAUCUUUUCCAGUCCUUUUUCAAAGGAAAAGAAAACAAGGCUCAGAUAAAGAAAUGGGUGUUUUUUCAGGAUUACCUGGCUUAUAAAUGGUGAAGACAACUCUGCAGGAUAGGUAGCAUAUGAGUUAUCACCUCCAUUUUAUUUAUGAAAAAAUGAAAUCUCAGAAGUGACUUGUUUUAAGAUUAUAUGCCUAGUAAAAUGGCAGGGCCAGAUACUGUAACUCCUAAGUCCACUGCCAUCAAAUUAAGUCCCUGGGAAUCUAUUACCCUAUCAUAUGGCUUAAGCAUCAGUGGUAGCUGAGAAAAACACAUACAUUAUCUCCAAACAUGUAUUUUUGUAUUUGAUGAGCAUGCAUUAAAGAUGUGUGACACAGCCAACUAACACAUUGGUACAUGCAUUUACAUUGUACUGUAGCUAGAAAGAGUUCCUUUUUUUCUUAACCCCUUCUGUUUAUUCUGCAAUUAAUUCUUAAUUCCGGGAAACCUUUGAAAGUUCAGCUGGUCAUGACAAAAUUCUUUUCUUUUUGUUUCAAUGUAUGUGUUUUGGAGAAAGAUUAUACCCUCUCUUCUUAGUAAAACUGUCUGAGGUAUAAGCUAAUUAGACGAGUAGUUUCGAUAAUAGCUGACAUUGUAAAUAUGUAUACAUUGUGUAUAGAAAAUAUCGUGUCUGCAUGUAGGCUGAGGUUUUUCUUUCCUGUGUAAAAAAUGUGAAUGUGAAAUAUGUACAAUUUUUGGACAUUCCUAUGUUAAUUCCAAACACACCAAGGUAGUCUGAAAUUAGAAAAUAGUAAAAUAUCUUGCACACGGAUUUACACUAUAUUGUCAUUUGUUACAUGCAAAGUAUGGUAUGGUAAAUUUUUAUUAGUCAAUUGUAACACAAUUUGAGUUAAUUACCUUGUCCACCAUCGUGGAAUUAUGCAUCAUUUAACUUAAUUAGCCUGGUUUGUCUGAAAUUGUCGGAUUUGCCAACUUUUGUUUUGGUUCCCUUUCACUCUACCAAAUGAGAAUUUGGCUUCAUCUUUUAUCUUGGGAUGGCUUUCACUUUUAAAUUCUGAAUGGUCAGCUUUCCCAAAGCCAUCCUCACUAACCAGAAGAAACAUUCCCAGAUGACCCCAAACAUUUACUUAGGUACCGUUAAGUUCAUCAGAAGAGAGGUGGCUAAUUUGCCACAAAUUUUCCCAGAACCACUAAGCCCACAGGGGCUUGUUUAUAUAUAUAUAAAUUUUUCUUUUUUUUUUUGUCAUGAAUCCAUACCCCUUUAGUAGUCUGGCUAAAUCAAAAGACCCAUUCUUGGAAUAAUGUUUUAAAAUGAAUAAAAUGAAAUAUGUAAAAUUACUAAAUCAGAAUAGUCAAGCAAAAUAUUCAUUUAAAAAACCAAGUUCACAGACCCCAAGGUAAGAACCACUAUACAAAGAAUGAACAGAGCUUGGCAGGCUUUUUACAUGAACUCUUAUGAAGUUGUGGAAGUUACAGGAUUGAAGUGGAGCAACAAUUUUGUUAAUACCUGCUUUACCACAAUUUAACCACCUCUGGUCUUGUGUGCUUACAGUAGAUGUCUAUUCUCAGAAGUGUUACUGUUAGUAGACAGUCUCAUUUUUCACUGGUACGUGUAACUGUGAUGCACCCUCCCUUGUUGUCAUUUGUAAACCUGUCCAAAGUUGUAUAAUGUAAAAGAACUGACAGAAAAAUCAAAUGUACAGAUUGUAAAGUCUUUUUGAUACCUAAUGUGAGCUUCCUUUGUUUAAUAUUUAUAUGAUAAAAUAUAUUAGGA